CCGUUCCUACAAGGAAUUUAAGAGCCUCUACAGACGUCACUUCCACUGCAACCAUAACGAGACGAAAGCAGAAACUAUCCGAGCCUACAGUAGGUUCAGAAGAUGAUGAAGAUUUAGUUGACGAAGAAGAAGAAGAAGAGGAAGACGAUUCUGUAACGAGAUGUGUUUGUGGGAAAUCACUGUAGGUCUCAUGGUGUGUUGUGACGAAUGUGAAGUUUGGCAACAUUGCGAAUGCAUGGGGUUGGAUGAAGAAGACAUUCCAGAACAGUACUUUUGUGAGUUGUGUCGACCGUCUGAUCAUAUCGAAGUGAAAGGCUAUGACAAAUAUUAUAAACCUGCUAUGGAAAAGAAUGGUAACAGUAAACAUGACAAGAAGAAAUCUCCUCGAAAAAGAACGACGACAAACAGCCAGGAAGCUUCUACUUUACAAUCGAAAACAGUCGGUGAACGGGCGAAGCAUCCCCUGGAAGACAUCCAUCAUAACACCAAGGUCACUCGAAGGGCAACCCAGGGUUCAACGCCUGUUUUAAGGGAACAACGCCAACAGCAGCAGCAGCAGCAGCAACAACAACAACAACAACAACAGCAGCAGCAGCAGCAGCAGCAGGAGAAAACCGCACUAACAAACACUGCCACCAUCACAAGACACCAAAAGAAGAGAUCUUAUACCAAAAAACAGCAUCCUUCGCCGGUAGCGGAGAACACCACCCACAGUAAGAAAGAGAAAAGAACUCGUUCACGUUAUACCCCAACCUCGUCACCUAUUGCUACCACGGCUUCCUUACCACCUUCCAAUGACAUCAAUCGCAGUGGAGCAUUGGAUGAAUCGUUAUCACACGUUUCAAGCAACUCACUCGAUACGCACGACAAUGGAGAGAACGGAAGACGAUCUAACUAUCAAAGAGCUUCUCGCUCUCGAGGACCCACGCCUUCCUCUUGCAACUCUUCUACUAUGGCUGCUCUCAACUCAAACACUGCAUUGAAUGCAAAUGCACAUCCUCCUCCGCCUCCUCCUCCUCCUUCUCCUCCACCUACACUUCGUUCAUCACAACAGCAUGCUCAAACCCCGUCACCCAAUCAGCAACUUGUUAAAGACAGACUUCUUCAACAUCCGCUCUUCCGUCAUUUUCAACCUUCCGCUCGUGCCUCCUCGCCUCCUGCAAAAGUGCGAAUGCCAACACAAAAAAUGUCGUUGGACGACAUGCAUAAAAGAACAGAGCAAAUCUUGCAGUACCUUUGCUCAGUUCAAGUAGAUUUAACGCUGAAAAAGAAUAAAAAGAAGCGACCACGACAUUCGUAUCAUGAAACUUUGCAUUUAUCACGUCAUGCUUCUCCUUACCAUCCUCAUCCUCAUUAUCAUCACCACCACCACCACCACCACCACCACCACCAACACCUUUAUCAGGAGGAGACAGAAUCUGAGGAAGAAGAGGAAACGAGUGAAAAACGUCGAGAAAUGGUAAAACAACGUAUGAAUGAUUUGAAAGCGUCAUUGUCACGUCAAUUACAACAAGAAGAAAUACAAGCAACGGCAGUCGCUGAUAUGGAAGUAGGAAGUGCUUGUAGCCCUACCAGCAGUAGUGGUAGCAGCCAUAUGAGUCAUUAUAGCAUGAAAGAAAAUCGUAAACCCACACCGAUCUUGAUACCAAACAACCCUCAAACCAAAGUAGAGGCAGAGGCUUUCUCCUUUCAAGAAGAGACAAAUACCAUGAAGAAUGAUCCUCAGUCAAUGAUGGAAGAGGAUGAUUCAGAAAGUGUUUCCUCUUCGUUAAGUAGUGCGAGCACCAUCCCUUUAGAUGACACUCAAAAGCAUCCUUCUUACCCUGCCAACACUACUACUACUACUACCCAUACCACCACCACCACUACCACCACUAGCACUACUACUAUGACUACUCCUUCUUCAGUGUCAAAGGUCACCGUCUCUGAGGAAAGUUGCAUGCUGAAAAGAAAAGGUGAACCUUCCACGUCUAUAGAAAUGAUGGCAUCCUUAGCCAGGAAAAUAGUUGCUUUUCAACGUGAAUUUGGCUUUCUAACCAACCCAGUCUGUCCUCCUCCUCCUGCUGCUGCUGCUGCUGCUGCUGCUGCCUCUUCUUCCUCUUCACCAACAGAAUCUACUUUAUCCUCGUCCAUCUCUAUCUGUGCUACAACAGUCUUUCCAGUGAACGAGAAUCACUCUACUUCAAUGAACCAUAUGAGUAACCAUAACAGUAGUCAUAGUAGUCCUGUUACACGGAGUCAAGGUAAAUCUGCGCUUUUAACGGACCGUUGGUGAAGACACAACAGUUGUACUAUGCUCUCUCUCUCUCUUCCUUAAAUUAACACUUAUCUAUCUAUCUCGUUUGUUGUCUUUUUCUUUUUUGAUUUUUUCGACGUUUUUGCAUGCCAAAAAGGCAUUUUGCCUCUUUUACACCCCCCCCCCUUUUGUACGAAGUAAUGUAAUCAUUUAAACCCCACUAUAAAAAAAAAGAGCUUUUUCAUCCAAUCAACAUGGCUUAGUAUAUAACCUAUGCAUAAAGUGGCUAUUUUUUACCCCGGAUUUACUUUU